GACGAUAAAGCACCCAGCUUCCUGAACACUUGGUGACAGAGAGUGAGGGAGCAGAAUCUGGUACACCCGAGGUGUGGUGUCACAAUGCCAAAAACCCAGAACAGCAUAGGUGGAAAUACGGUGUUCUACAAACCAGUAGCAAAGACAGCGGAGGUGAGAUCUGGAUACCUGUUCAAGUCUCCUCCCCAAAAACUGCUGAAGACAGAGAAAUCAUGGAAGAAGCGUUACUUUGUGCUUUUCAAAAUCAGUGAACAAGAAUACCUACUGAAGUACUUCAGGAGUCCAGAUGAUAGGGACAGGCCGCUUGGAGGGAUAGACUUAUCACAGAUAUCACUGUUAUUUGUUGCCCCUCAAAACCACCAGAGAUGGGCAUGGGUCCAGAAAAGCUUCAAGUGUGCUCCAUCACGUGUGCUCUUUAUCAGGGCAGCUGGCCGGGAAUACUUCCUUGUCGGGGAUACAAGUGAGGAAGUGGACGGCUGGUUCUCUGACCUGUUUGAGGCCCUGAAGAAUCGGCCACAUAAAUGUCUGAAUUCUGAGGAACUGUCAAAUGGGAAUCAAACAAUAGAGGUUAUUUCAAAACCCUUUAUGCGGCAAAAGGAACCUGCCACAGUGCCUGAACAGUCAAUGCUGAAAAUUCGGUCCCUGUCUGAUCCAUCGUCCAAUGCUUUGGAUAAUGACACUGAAGAAUCAGAGACUGAAGAAAAUAUCAGAAGACGUGCAUCAGCAGAGCCUUUUGCAAUCUACGACACUCCCAAAGCCUACUUAGCACCAUCACCAGCGUACUAUGGCACCACCCGUCGCAAAAGCUUGGACUCAGUAUAUGUCUUGAUGACGGAAUUAAGACAUGCACAAGUGACUCUGGCAGCGGACCGUGAAGUUGAGCAAGUGACCGGAGGCACCCUGAUGAGGUCUGUCACGCAAGUCUUUGACAAGCUGAAGACUCGGAUUUCCCCACUUCCUCCAUUCGAUGAGGAGACAGGCUCUGAGGACAGAGGUAAAAACACACGUCCACUGUCAGAUCUCAGCACCAGUUCCAGUGACAACAGUGCCAUCUCUCCUGACGAUAUGCUUGAUGCACCAAUUGUGCCAACACUGGAACAAGGAAGCUCUUCUGAUAGGCUGACAUAUUUUCUUCUGGAUAAUAAAAGCUUUGAAACCAUCACCCUAGAGGAGAGAGAAUUCGAGAUCAAGCAGGGAGAUUUGAAAAAGCACCUGACACUAACAGAUGUGGAUGGGAAACCAAGUGUGUCUGCGUGGACAGGCCAGCCGCAGACUGUGUGCCUCUUUCACAAAGGAGACGAAAUUCUGGCAAUCAAUGACUUGCACUGCGCCACCGUGGACGAGUUCAACAUGUUCCUCAGCAAGUCUCUCAAGAAUGAGGUGAAAGUGACCAUCCUGCGCCGGCCUGGAUGCCCACCGCUGCAUUCACCAAACGGCUACUGCAUCGACUGAAUGCAAACUAAACAUGAGAGUUACUUCCACAAUAUGUUGGUUUGUACCAUGUAUUGACUCCCUUACAAACGGACAGUACUUUCCCCCGGGAUGUAGGCAGUUCCUAUUGAUCUAUCACUCUAAGGUUUACCUGAUUCAAACGUAUAGAGGAAGUUAAAGUGAAGUAGAAAAUGAUUUCCAAAUCUCAUGACUCACGAUCAUGAGGACAGAUCAAAAACAUUUAGUUGCCAAUGACUUGCAGUUUUAGCAGAGAUUGACCUAUAAUAAUGUCAUUAUGUUUUGUAGUGACUAAGCUGUACCGGGAAGGAAACAAAGGCUUUUACUGAAACAUUUCCUCAUACCGCCUUUGUGAUACUAAAAAAAUAACAUUCUCACAACACCUAGACCCAAGACAAAUUGUCUUUUUUUUAAUACAAGGCCUAAUGUGUAGAAAAUUGUAUAUGCACUUUGUAAGAAAGCUAUUUUUUAUAAUUAACCUCUAUCCAAGAAGAGAGGAAGUGACUUAAAGUGAUUUGAAGACCAUGAAGAUGAAGAAAGAUGCUCUGAAUCAACAUUUAUGAUCCAAAUGAAGGAAUUAAAUAUAUAAUAUAAAGUUGAAGUGAAUUUUAAAGCUUUAUUUUAAUCUCUGUAACAUUGUUGUUGUGCGAAUGUCAUCACUGAGCAAUACUGGGUAAAUUCCAAUUUGCUCAGUAAGUGGCACCUGUGAUUAAAUUAGAUUGUAAUCUAAUGCAUGUCCAAGGAAAUUGAAAUAGACGGGUGCAUUGUUUGUCCAAAUGCCUUUGUUGUUAUUGUGUGAGGCUUAUGUGCAUAAUUCUUCCUUUAUAUGUCUGCUUUGACAGUGAUGAGGAGCGGAUGAAUGACGAAACAGAUCACAGAACCAGUAUAUAUUUCAUGUCGUCUACCACACCUUAGGGUGAGUCUUGUGAAUUAAUAUGCAGAGGGAAUAGCGUUGGGCCGUUUCAUCCCUUUCUCUCCGAUUUAAAGCUGAAGACACUUUGCUGGAUUGUAAUUUUAAUAUAGCUUGGGAAGAUGUUUUUUAAUCCUUUUUAAAUGAUGUCUGGUGACCAAUGCCUCUCCGCGACAGACAACAUCAGAUGGAACUUAUCUGCAAGGCUGGUUCACUUGAAGUGCUACCUACCAUCCAGUCCGAGCUUUAUAACUGUUAUCAUCAAAUACAAAAACAUCUUACACUGUUAAUAUUUUAAUGGCAUCUUAUACGCCUUAUCAAGAUGAUUGUUUUAAGUUUAAAUGGAGUUAUUAAUCAGAGAUGAGAGACAUUACUGUACUUUAAAUACUCUGUUAUAAAUAAAUCCAUCCUCUCAGAGGGUGCUGCAAAUCAGUGUUGAAUGAAUGUUUUAAUUGUAUUUGAAUAUAAAACUAAUUACCAGAUUGUUAAAUGGA